CCUGCCCACACGAAUAUCAUCAUCGCCGGGGCGUGCUCACGAAGAUUACAGCCCUACCUUACGGAGUGCCUUGGCCGAUCUUUUCGCCAGACUCAACUGCCUGCAGCAGCGACAACCAACAGCAGGACACAGCCGCAGGCAGCCCAACAACCAUGGCCAAGCCCACCACGGCGCCGGGCACGUUUGUCCUGCCUCGCGCAUACCAGGUCUUCUUCUUGGUCAUCGAGCCCCUGGCGGCGCUCGUGGGCGCAGUCUACGCACACUUCUUCCAGGAGGCGUACCUGACCAUGACGCACGCGCCCUCGUCACCUACAUCAUCACCCGACGGCGGCGGCAUCCCCCUGGGCACGUCGGUCGUCAUGUCGCAGCUCGCGAACCUGUACCUGCUCUUCACGCUCAACGAGGCCCUGGUGCUGCGGUCCACGGGAGACCUGCGCGUCUGGCGGACGGUGCUGUUCGUGCUGCUCGUCGCGGACCUGGGUCACUUGUAUUCUCUCAGGGCGCUGGGCGGGCGGGUGUACUGGGACGUGCUGGGCUGGAAUGCGAUUGACUGGGGCAAUGUCCCGUUCGUCUAUGCCGGUGCUUCGAUGAGGUCUGCUUUCCUGCUGGGCGUGGGCUUGGGAGGAGGAGGAGGAGAGAAAGCGGGUGUACUGGGCAAGAAGAGAGCUUGAGGACUUGGUGUUUUGUUCGAUGCGGGAGGGUCAACCGGAAGGGGCGCUGCUCUUUUGUCGUAGCUAUGUCUCUAGAUCUCGUCGUUUCGUCAUAGUGUCAAGAUUGCAACGACAUUUCCUUGGGGGUGAGGACUACUGCGAUGCGAACGCACUACUACUUGUGAGGUAUACGAAUCUCGACGAUACAGCAACCUCGUGAGAUUUCAGGGAAGAAUGCUCCAUCUCUGACUGCAACGCUCACUCAAUCUCGUAUGUUUUGUUCGUGGCGUACUGCCGGUUCCCUUUUGCGAGGUAAGUGCCAGAGGAUCCGCCCAUGCCUGUAUCCAUCGACUCAAUUGUCGGCGAGGAUUGCCGAGUCGGGCCAGAGCGUGUGGCUGGGAUCGCUUGGAGAACCCUGUGAUACGGGGUACAAACCGAGAUAGGAUGUCUGAUAAAACAUAUAUAUGACGCCGAACCACACGUCAUUUCCUGCUACAGUAUGGAAC